AUGAAACAAAUGAGUUAUGUAACUCGUUGAUUGUAUAGUACAUCUCACAAAGAUAUUGGAAUACUAUAUUUAGGAUUUGGAAUGUUAUCAGCAAUGAUAGGAACAGGAAUGUCUGUAAUAAUAAGAAUGGAAUUAUCAAAUGGAAAUAGUCAAUUUUUUCAUGGUAAUAAUCAAGCAUUUAAUGUUAUAAUAUCAGGACAUGCAUUAUUAAUGAUAUUCUUUUUUAUUAUGCCAGUAUGAAUGGGAGCAUUUGGUAAUUUCUUUUUACCUAUAUUAAUAGGAGCAGCAGAUAUGGCUUUUGCAAGAUUAAACAAUAUUAGUUUCUGAUGUUUACCACCAGCAUUAGUAUGUAUAGUAUGUUCAGUAUUAAUAGAGCAAGGAGCAGGGACAGGAUUCACUCUUUAUCCUCCUUUAUCAUCUAUAAGUGCUCAUUCAGGUCCUUCAGUAGAUUUAGCAAUAUUUGCUAUACAUUUAACUAGUAUAUCUAGUUUAUUAGGAGCUAUAAACUUUAUAGUAACAGUUUUAAAUAUGCGUACAAUAGGUUUACAUAUGGUAAACAUGCCUUUAUUUGCUUGAGCAAUAUUCUUAACAGCUAUAUUAUUAUUAUUAUCAUUACCAGUAUUAACAGCAGCUGUUACAUUAUUAUUAAUGGAUAGAAACUUCAAUACAGGUUUCUACGAAGUAGGAGCAGGAGGAGAUCCAGUGCUUUAUGAGCACUUAUUCUGAUUCUUCGGUCAUCCAGAAGUGUACAUCUUAAUAAUACCUGGUUUUGGAGUAAUAUCACAUAUAGUUUCAACAUAUAGUAAAAAACCUAUAUUUGGAGAAAUAGGUAUGUUAUAUGCUAUGGGAUCAAUUGGAUUCUUAGGAUUCUUAGUUUGAAGUCAUCACAUGUUUGUUGUAGGUUUAGAUAUUGAUUCAAGAGCUUACUUCACUAGUGCAACAAUGGUUAUUGCUGUACCUACUGGUAUUAAAAUUUUCUCUUGAUUAGCAACAAUUUAUGGAGGAGAAUUAAGAUUAGGAGUUCCUAUGUUAUUUGCAUUAGGUUUCUUAUUCUUAUUCACAAUAGGAGGUUUAACUGGAGUUAUGCUUUCUAAUGCUAGUAUAGAUGUAGCUUUCCAUGAUAGAAUUUUUAUUUAUUAUGUUUCUUUUUUUUUAUAUACUUUAUAUAAUAUAUAUAAUAAUUAUACUAAUAAUAAUACCGCCCACAAAGGCAGGCAUUGCGCUAAUGCGUCAUAUAAUAAUGAUAUUAAUAAUUUAGUUUCUUUUAUAGAUAAAAAUGAAUAUAUCAAAAUGUUUUGAGUAGGUUUAAUGGAUGGAGAUGGGAGUAUACAAGUUAAUCAUUGACGUAAAAAAAAUUUACAAUAUAGAUUAAUUAUAAAACUUUCUAACUUAGAAUCUAAUUAUAAUAUGUUAAUAUUAAUAGCAAAAGUAAUAGGUGGUACUGUUAGAAUCUCUAAAAAAAAAGAUAAUGUUAUAUGAGUAGUAGAUUCUAAAGAAUCUAUUAAAGAUAUAAUAAAAAUAUUUGAUAAAUAUCCUUUAUUAACCUCAAGAAAAAUAUGUCAAAUUAAUUUUAUGAAAAAAUGUAUGAAAUUAAAUUAUAUGCCCGCCGAAGGCGGGUAUCCCCGCGAAGCAGGGCUUGAUUGAUAUUUAUUAAAUAGAAAUUAUAAAUAUAAUGAUCAAUUAAAUAUAAUUAAUACAUUUAAUUUAAAAUUAAAAAAUAAAUCUUUUAUAAAUGCUUUGCCCGAAGGACAUGGUAUACACCACAUAGUGAAACAUUCAGAAUAUUUUAAAUGUUGAUUAUCAGGGUUUAUAGAAGCAGAAGGAUGUUUUUCAAUUAGAUUAAAUAAAUCUAAUUCUUUUUCUAUAGGACAGAAUGAUGAUUUUUAUUUAAUAGAAGAAAUUAAACAAUUUUUUAAUGCUACUAAUUCAGUAAGAAAUUCUUAUAAGAAUUUUUAUUGUUUAGAAAUUUAUAAGAGAAUUAUAUUAAAUAAUAUUAUUACUCAUUGUAGUAAUUAUCCAUUAUUAGGUGAAAAAAAAGAAUCAUUAAUAAAAUUUUUAAAAUAA